CCCUAAAGAUAGAUGCCCUGAGCCCAGGGUCGGGGUCACGAGGUCACAGCUGGCGCCGGCCACUCCCACGGCCGAAAGACGCAGGCCGAAACAAGAAGGGCGUCUCGCUGCCGUCCGUCUGCCGUGCCACUGCUGCUGCUGCUGUAAACUCGAGGGCAACCGAUGCUGCCAGAUGGAUUCCGUCCUGUUUCGCCAGACGCCCUCCAGAGGCGCUACCCGUCACGGGCCCACUCCUCUCCCUACACAAUCGUAGCAACUGGGUUGUCGGACGCUCUUCUCACUAAAAUUAUGGAGAAUAUCAUGGCCGAUUACUGAAAGUGGCCCAAUACCGAUCACCAACCAAAUUAAUCCACGAAUUUGUUUUGCUUCCGAUCUAAACCCUCUAAAAUCAGGCCGCUGUCAGCCCCGGAAAACGUCAAAAAUUCUUCUUUUUUGAACGUUUGGGCUUCAAAUUUCCCAGCUUUCUACCAGGGACCAGUUUUCUCUCAUCUCUAGGCCCACCAUUUGGCUCAAGAAUGUCUACCACGGUGGCGGAACCGCUGACUUUGGCCAGGGAUGUGAAAAGAGCCAUCGAGCUUCUCGAAAAGCUGCAAAAAAGUGGAGAAGUUCCUCCAGCAAAACUUGCAGCUCUGCAAAAAGUUCUUCAAUCCGACUUUUUGAAUGCCGUCAGGGAAGUCUACGAACAUGUUUACGAAACCGUGGACAUUCAGGGCUCACAGGACAUUCGAGCCUCGGCAACUGCAAAGGCAACCGUGGCCGCUUUUGCUGCCAGCGAAGGUCACGCCCAUCCCAGGGUGGUCGAGUUGCCCAAGACCGAAGAAGGCCUCGGCUUCAACGUAAUGGGUGGUCGGGAGCAAAACUCUCCAAUUUACAUUUCGCGCAUCAUCCCUGGUGGUGUGGCCGACAGACACGGAGGCCUCAAGCGCGGCGACCAACUGCUCUCGGUCAAUGGAGUGUCGGUUGAGGGAGAAAACCAUGAAAAAGCUGUGGAGUUGCUGAAACAGGCGCAGGGCUCGGUGAAGCUGGUCGUGCGAUACACGCCAAAGGUCCUCGAAGAAAUGGAGAUGCGUUUCGACAAGCAAAGGGCCGCUCGCCGCCGACAGCAGUUCCAGUAAUACUUAACUCGGUAAAUUUUAAAAGCAGUUUGCUGUUUCCUGCAAGAUACAUAGCGACUGAGCCACACCCCAUCCUAGUCUUGCCCCCUUUUAAAAAAAUUUGACAAUUAUAUGCGUAAAUCAGGCUCUUUUAUGACAAAUUUAAAAUUUUGUUGCAUAUUAAAUUUUAACUAAUAUUUGAAUAUUCCAAAAUAAUUGAUUUGCUUCUUGUUGUAUUUAAUGCCAUAUUUAAAAGGAAAAAAAUAUUGAACUGUUUAUUAAUAAUUUUAAGCUGGCAGCUUUCCGAUCUCUGCAUUUUUUCCUUUAUUAUUAUACAAUAAAUGGAAAUCUGUCAAGUUAAAAUAAUAAAUCAUUAAUAUCGUUAUUGUGCAA